AUGUCCAUAAGGCGUCGUUUGGGCCAUCAACGAGGCUGGGGCUAUCCGGAUGUUUUUAUCUUUUAUGGCUCGGUAUUGCCGAGCGUCAUUCCUAUCAUUACUAUUACAACUUUAUGGACAAUUAUUAUAUGCUAUCUUUAUAUUGAACGGGAUUAUUAUGUGGUUGUACCAAUAGACUUGGUGGGAUCCGUCGCAGUUGUAGUUGGUCUCUUAUUAGCUUUUCGUACAAACAAUGCUUACGAUCGAUAUUAUGAAGGCCGCAAACUUUUUUCAAACCUGUGCACUCAAGUUAGAAAUUGUGCACGCACAUUAUGGGUUGGCGUAGUAGAGACAUCAGAAGAAGAUCACAAUGAUAAAGAACAAACUAUUAAACUGUUAUUGGCAUAUGUGGUGGCAGUAAAACAUCAUUUGCGUCUGGAAUUUGGAAUUCGUUGGCCUGACUUAGAAGAUCUUUUACCACGCGGUUUUCAGCUCUCAUACUUCGAUGGAAAUGCUUCACAACAACAAGUCGAUGUAGGUGCCGGUGGAGCUGAAGAUCCAAACUUACCAAAACCAACCGAUGAAAACAAUCGGACCGAUCUUCCAAGCGUCUCAGAAACUGUUCAUGGCUUGACCGAAAUCAUCCCACAAACCUUUCAAUUACUUAGUUCACACUCCAAUGGAGGAUCCGCCACGAUUUACGUCAAUGAUGAAGAAUACGAUGGAGAAGUCGAUGCAAGCAUGAGUCUACCCUUGGAAAUUGUGAUGCAUCUUGGUUUGUACUUCGAUCAAAAAUUCCGUGAAGGAAAGAUGGAUGGUGGACGAUUUGGAACUUUAUCUGCCUUUUUGAAUGCUUUAAUUGAGAAUCUUGGUAACUUGGAACGUAUUAGUACUACUCCGAUGCCACGUGCCGAAAUCGAGAAUCCAUUUGGUUAUGAUAAAAAUGAUCUUCCUUUGGAUGAAUACUGCAAGGACUUGGAAGCUGAAGUCAAAUAUCUGCAACGUCAUAUUCCACAAAGAAAAGCACCUACUGCCACCUAG